GAGUUCUUCCGGUGUCAUGGCGCCGAAGAGUUUACUAGACCGUCUUUUGUGGUUUCUGCUGCCGACAGCCUGAUUAGGAAAGACCUGGAGAGACCCUCAAGCCACACCAUGGAGGCAGUGACCUUUGAGGAUGUGGCUGUGAACUUCACCAUGGAGGAGUGGGCUUUGCUGGAUCCAUCCCAGAAGAAGCUCUACAGAGAUGUGAUGAGGGAAACCUUUAGGAACAUGGCUGCUAUAGGAAGAACCUCUGAUGACCAUGAAGUUGAAGGAGAGCAUCAAGAUUACUGGAGAUAUCUAAGCAGUGAAGAUGUAGAGAAAUCCUAUCGAUGUAAAAUUUGGAAUAAAUAUGAAGAAAUAUUCCUUUGGAAUCCAGAUGCUAAAAUGGACAUGCAAAAAGCUGGUUUAAUACAAGCAAAAAGCCUUGAUUGUAAAACACCUCUGAAUGGGCAUUUGUCACUGAAUGUGCCCAUGGUAGCUCACACUGCAUCAGAGGCAUAUAAAUAUUUGAGAUCUUUAGAGAAGUUUUAUAAAUGUACUCAACGUGGAAGAAACUGCUGUGAUUCCCAGUCCCUUCAGAAACAUGCAAGGACUAAGGCUGGAGAGAGACCUUAUCAGUAUGAUCAGUGUGGGAAAUCCUACUCUGAUCUUAGUGAAAGAGCACAUUUUAGAGAUGACUUCCUAUGUAAUAAAAGUUUGAAAGCUUCCAGCACACCCAAUGAUGAUCAAAACUGGGAAAGACAACACUAUGGGGGAAAAAAUUGUGUAUAUAAGCAAUGUGGACAAUCUUUCGUCAGGCACAGAAAAUAUAAAAUGCAUGGAACAGCUCACAUGAAGGAGAAAUCCUGUGUAUGCAAGCAAUGUGGCAAAGAUUUCAGCAAAUAUGUUCAUUGUCUAAGACAUGAAAGGACUCACACUGGGGAGAAACCCUAUGUAUGUAAGCAAUGUGGGAAAGCUUUCAGCACAAGUUAUUAUUGUCAGAUACAUGAAAAACUCCACACUGGGGAGAAACCCUAUGUAUGUAAGCAGUGUGGGAAAGCUUUCAGCACACAUGGCUAUUGUCAAAGACAUCAAAGGACUCAUAGUCAAGUUAAAUCAUAUUUGUGUAAGCAAUGUGGGAAGGGUUUCAGCACACAUGAUUAUUGUCAAAGACAUGAAAGACUUCACUCUGAUGAAAAACCCUAUACAUGUAAGCAAUGUGGAAAAGCUUUUAGCAUACGUGAUUAUUGUGUAAAACAUGAAAGAACUCACAAACAGGCUAAACCAUACAUAUGUAAGCAAUGUGGGAAAGCUUUUAGCACAAAUCCUGACUGUAAAAGACAUGAAAGACUUCACACUGGAGAAAAACCUUAUGUAUGUAAGCUGUGCGGGAAAGGUUUCACCAGAAAUGCUCAUUUGCAAAGUCAUGAAAGAAUUCACACUGGAUAGAAAAGCUAUGUAUGUAAGCAAUAUGCAGAAGCUUUCAUCACACAUUCAUAUUGUCAAAUACAUGGAAGAAUUCACAGUGGGGAGAAACUUUAUGUAAGAAAUGUGAGAAAGUUUUCAGGACACAUAAAUUGUGAAACAGGAAAGAAUUCACACUGGGGAGGAAACCUUAUAUAUUGGUUGAUACAUUGUGUCAAAUUGAGAAGUUUAGAAGUUUAAGCAACUCAGCAGGGAUCCAGGGUCAUCACUUUUUAAACAUCCUGAGUGUGCAAGAAGAGGGUACUGAGACUGUGGGUGCUACACCAGCCCUGGUAGGGUGUAGCCUACUUAAAAUGUAAGGGAGGAAAAGUAGCUUGCUGUUCCUGCACUUCAGCUCUUACUAUGUUUGCUGUCUUCUGCCACUUAAAGUGUUGUCUCUGCCAUGCCACCUUGCUUUGGAGCCAUCUCAUUAUAGACUGAAACCUCCAUAAACUGUGAGCUAAAUAAACCUUUCUUAAUUUUGAGUAUCAGGUAUUUUUUGUCCCAGCAACAAGAGAAAAGUAACUAAGGUAUACUAUACAUGCAAAUAAUGUGGCAGAGCUUUCAAACACAUGAAACAACACACUGGCGAGAAAUCCUACAUAAGUAAGAAAUGUGGGACAGCUUUCUGUAUAACAAAUGAUGUUUUUGAGUUCAGUGCUACAUUUUCUAUGAAGAUAAAUAUUUGAGAGGCUUGUGAGCAUGUGUUUUUGAGCUCAACGUUUCAAAAUUGAGACGUCAUUACAUAACCUAUUUAUUAGCAUGCUGUUUUUCAUAUAAUAAAAUACUGCUUGUAUCCUAA